AAUAAUAUUUUUCUUAAGAAAAUUUGCUAACUAAAUUCAACCAAUAAAAUGGAUGAGGAAAUGAUUAAAAAUGCUAUGGAAGCCAUGCAUUGGAAUACAAAUUCUGCUAUGCCCAUGGCCAACCAAGAAAAUCAAAUGAUUUUACAGGCUUUAGCGGAAUUAAAAGAGAAAAAGGAACAGCUUAUAGAGCAUCAAAAGGAAACAGAAGAGAGAUUGGAAAAAUUACAGCAACAUUCAACGAAUGCUGAAGAGGCAAUUAAUCACAAUUUGAAAUUAUUGGAGGCUUUUCAAUCUGAGGUAAGAACUGAAGCCCAUUUGCAUAAAAUAGCAUUACGAGAGCACUCCAAGCUCAAAGAUGAUUUAAGAAAUGUGGGUAAAGAGUGGCAAAACUUCAAAAAGUAUAUUGAAACUACAGAUAAUGAAAUGGGCAAACGUAAACAUAGUAUCGAUAAUCUAACCAACCGUAUUAAAUGGGCCAAAACGGCCUUGGUGGAAUGGCGCCAGGCCAUGGAGGAUGGCAACAAGGGAUUUCAGCUUAUUGAAAUGUACUACAAAGAUGAUCAGCUUAGGGCCAAACAACAAAAUUACAAGCGCCUGAAAUUAAAUGAUGAAAUUGAACGUCAACGCAAAAAACUUAUAAAUAUGUAUGACGAUCAAAAGACUUUGGAAUGCAAUCUAGAGUGUACGGCUAAUUUAUACCGCACAGCUCAUAAUGAAAGGCGUCAAAUGGUGGACACCUGGAAGUUGGCGGCUCAACAAAUGUCCCAAAGAGAGAAGGAUAUACGUAAUAGUGAAAUUGCUUUAAUGGAAUGCCGUCUAAAGGUGGAUCUAAAAGCCAAGGAACUGAAAAUGCAAGAUAAUAAACUGAAUGAAAUCAUAGAAAAUAACCGUGAGGUAGAAGAGGCCAUAGAGAUGUUAAAUACAGAAACCUCGGAUAUGAAAGAGCAGAUGCAAAGACUGGCCGACAUGAUAAUGUUGAAAACUCAGGAGGUAGAUCUUAUAACAAAAGAAUUACAAAAUUUGGCCAAUCGUGUUCAACAACAACGUACUCAAAAUCGUCGUUUAGCCAAAGAAAAAUCUGAAUAUUUAAUAGAAUUGGAACAUUCUGAAGAGGUGAUUGCAAAGCUAGAAGCUCGUUUUAGUGACAUGAGUGGCAAAAAUCUAAAUGCCCAACAAAGACUGCAAAUUUUAGAAGAACUCAUGGAUGUAGAGGAUAAAGCCCAAAGAGAAGUGAACAGGGAAACAGAUCGUAUAAACGGUUUGAUAUAUCGUUCGCAACAGCAAUUGGUUAAAUUUAAAGAAGACAGCGUUAAUCUAGCGGUUAAUAAUCGUGGCCUUUGUUCCAAUAUGGCGGCAGUGUCGAAAAACAAUCAAGCUUUGGAAAAGGAUAUAAGAAAACAAACGGAAAAUAAUUAUGAACUAUCCUUUAAAAUGCUUACCCUGGAAAGACGAAUAGUGCUGCUGCAUGGCGGCAUUAUAGAUCCUGUGGUCGAACAAAGAAACCAAGAUUAUUUGUGUGAAUUAGAGCAGCACUUUAACAAAUUGCUGAAAAAUGUACAGGCCACUCAAUUGCAAAAUAAAAAACUGGAUGACGAUAUGCGUAAAUUGACGAUUACCUAUAAUAACGAUAUGGCACGUUUGGAUCAAGUCAACUAUAAAAUCAAAGAAGCUCAGGUCUAUUGUGAGGGAGGCAUAAAGCGGGUCAAAGAAGAAACAAGACGCAAUCAAGAACUUAUAGUUGAGCUCAGCAUAUUGAAAAUGAAGGCACAUGAAUUUGAAAAUGAAAUAAAUCAAUGUGAAGAGGGCACUUAUAAUUUGGUGAAACAUCGCAUGCAUUUAAAUCGCACCAUUAAGGAUCGUAUGGUAGAGAUAAAGUCUCAAAUGGAUUUGUUGAAUUUGAAACGUAAACACUUGCAAGAAGAACUGAGCACAUUGAGGGCCGAUAUCGGAGAGAGGAGAAAACAUAUAGAAGCUGUUAAGGCCAGAUUCGAAUUGACCUCUAAGCUGUUGGGCGUUAAUGAAGAUGGUAGUGUGGUAACGGGCACUCAGCUAAGAGUAGAGACGGCUCAGGAAAAACAAUUGCUUUUGGAUGAGGGCAACGAGCUGAAUGAGAAAGUUCUUAAGGCCGAAAAGGAAAUUGAGGCUUUACAAAACACUUUGGCCUUGUUGAAUAAUUGCAAUGAUGCGUAUCGUAAGAAUGUGCAAAAGCAACAGGAGGGAGAGGAAGCCACUAACGAAUUAAAAUCAUUACAAAUCAAUUACUGUUCAUCUUUAAAUACUUUGCGAAGUUUGCGACAAGAAUUACAGGAGUUGGAAAUAAAAAUAAAUGAGUCCUACAAAGAAAAGGAAGAAUUGGAAAACACAUUGCAAAAGGAAGUAAAGAAGAGAUCCGAUAAUGCUGACUUUAUAACACGUCUUAAAAAGGAACUGUUGGAUCAAAACAAUAAACUACAGCGCGCUGAUAGAGAAUUAAAAACUGCUCUUAAGGCCAUUAAGCAAAGAGCUAUAAGUCGAGAAUUUCUGGAAUUAUAUAAUCGUGAUUUGGACUUAAGGGAAUUGGAGAAAAGAAAUUUGGAUGUUUUAAAUCAAUUGGGUGAUUUGGCUUAUGCCGAUGAUGAAAUGGGUCCAAAAAUAGCUCGUCAUUUAUUAAAUCGAGGCCUAAAAAUGCCUCAUAUGAUGCAAAAGUCAAGAAGUUCAUUGUCAUGGCGUAGUGACACCUCAUGCGAAGGCAUGUCAUUAAGUUCAUCGAAGGAAAUGUUUACUUCUCGUUCAUCACAAUCAGAUGCCUCCGAAGUAAAACUUACACCAAACACCAGAUUAAGUGUAAUUUCACUCGAAUUACCUGAGAAAAAGAAGGGCGGCAAAUAGAAUUUUCCUUGUCAAUAGUUUAUUUUUUUUUUAAAGAAUUAUUUUUCAAUUAAAUUUAUGUGUAAAUAAAAAUCAUUUCUUUUUUCUGAUUUAUACAUUUAAAGAAAUACCUUUGAAUAUU